UCUACCUUCGUCGGGUCCGCCGGGGGUAAUAACCAGUCGCAACACCGCCUCUCUGUUUGCUCUCUGGCCACAACAACAACUGUUUAAUGACCUGCCCUCGAACCUCCGAAACCCUCCACAACCUCGAGCCGCGUCCCCCUCUGCCUCGCAACCCCAUCGGCCUCACGAGUUCCACGGCUUCCUCCGCCCCUACCGCUUCACUCACACCCACUACGUUCGCUUCUGCACGCGAUUGGAGCCGUUUGACCUGCCUCCGAAAAGCCGUGCCCCCUCCCCCGGCUGGCACCACCGCAUCCAACAACCAGCAAGUCUCGUUCCAACUCGGCCCCGGACCACCUCCUCGAACCCCGUUCUUUUCAGCACUACUCGUCGUGAGGGCUCUGCAGCCCUCCGUCUCUACCGCCCUUCAUCAUGACGGGAAUUAGCGGUUCGACGCAGGAGCGACCUCCGAUAUUCAAAGCCGUCGGUGUCUCCUUGGCGGUCGCAUCCGGUGUCUUCAUCGGAAUCUCGUUCGUCCUCAAGAAGAAAGGGCUGCUAGCAGCAAACGUCAAAGAUGGAAAGGAGGCUGGUGAGGGUUAUGGCUACCUGAAGAAUGCGUGGUGGUGGACUGGGAUGAUUUUGAUGAUUUUGGGAGAAAUCUGCAACUUUGCGGCUUACGCUUUCGUGGAUGCACUUUUGGUUACUCCUUUGGGAGCUCUGUCGGUAGUAAUAACGGCGAUAUUAUCGUCGAUAUUCCUCAAAGAACGACUGUCGUUUGUCGGAAAGAUCGGUUGUUUCAUGUGUAUAAUAGGGGCCAUCGUCAUCGCCAUCAACGCCCCCGCGCAAAGCUCCGUCACGACUAUACAAGACAUGCAAAAGUUCAUCAUAUCGCCCGGGUUCCUCGUCUACGCCGGGAUCAUAAUCAUCGGUUGCAUCUGCAUCAUCAUUUGGGUGGCACCUAAAUACGGGAAUAAGAGCAUGAUGGUCUACCUGACAGUGUGUUCACUGACCGGAGGUCUGAGUGUCGUGGCCACGCAAGGUUUAGGUGCCGCGGUAGUUACGCAGAUUGGCGGAACACCGCAGUUCAAUCAGUGGUUUCUCUACGUAUUACUGGUAUUCGUGAUCGUAACUUUACUAGUCGAGAUUAUCUAUCUCAACAAAGCUUUGAAUUUGUUCAAUGCCGCGUUAGUCACUCCAACAUACUACGUGAUAUUCACAUCGGCGACGAUCGUAACGUCGGCUAUCCUCUUCCGCGGCUUUAAGGGCACUCCGGCAUCGAUAACCACUGUAGUUAUGGGCUUCCUUCAGAUUUGUUCCGGCGUCGUCCUCCUGCAACUUUCCAAAUCCUCAAAGAACGUUCCGGAUACCGAGAUCUUCCGUGGAGAUUUGGAUCAGAUCAGAACUGUCGCCGAGCAAUCCGAACCCGAGUCCGAGCCUAAAGCCGAUGCCAUCCGCGGAACGGCAGCCAUAAUCCGGCGUAUUUCGGUGGCCAGGCGUACCGCCGAAGUUGAUGAGGCCAGGAAGAUCCACGAGGAUCGCCAGCGGGAUAUGCGCACGCCUUUGUCAGCAGGCGAGACAGUGGAAUGGGAUGGCGUCAAGAGACGAGUGACGUGGACAGGCGAGCACGGCCGCCCCGGCCGAAGAAAUACGCUUAGUGGGCAGCAUCCGCCGUUGGGCAUGGCGAGGAUUCCCGAUGAGGAGGAGGCACGAGAGGAUCAUCCUGCCGGCCGGAGACGUAGUAUGUCGGUCGACGAAGCUAUGAGACAACGCGUGUAUGGGCAGGAACCGGAGGGGGAAGAACCCCAUCCCGAGAGUUUCUUGGGCAGGGUCAGAGGGCUACUCACCAAGCGGAGCAAGGCAAGCUUGAGAGAGCCUACCGAUCUGGCUACUAUCGUACCGCAUCGGGAUCUCCGAGAUAUCAGUGGCUCCAACCCGAUCGUAGGCAUGUCUAGUACCCGUCCGAGGGUCUACUCAGACGCGACAUUACCCGACAACAUACAGUCCUCGGCGGCGUCACAGUCGUCCCCGCACAUCAAUCAUAUCACGUUUGCUGGCGAUGUGGCGACUGAGAUGAAGACGUACGACUUCGCCGCCGCACCCGUCUCCGCACCAGGCUAUCAGCGAACAACCAGCAGAGACGGAAGCGAAUACCAGUCUGUUCCAAGCGGUAGACUAGCCGUACCGGAACCAAGCACGAUCCUGGGAGGCAAGUCUAAGGACAAGGACUCGCUACGACCGGAUAGUCGGCAGUCGGCGAGAAGACAGUUUAGUUUCCAGUUCUUACAUCGCAACGCGCACGGCCGGAGCGAGAGCCAGGGCAGUGUGGAGUCGGAUGGCGGUGGGAGGCACGGCUUGAAUUGGAAGCAGAAGUUGCCAGUGGGUGGAUCAAAGACGGAAGAGGAGCGGCUGGGCCUCGUUAAGGGUGAUAGUGUCAGCACCGGGCAGGAGACCCUGAGGAGUGAUAGCCCGAGCUCGGUGGAAAAGGAUGGAAGCGUCAAUAUCGUACCUCGUGACGAUGAUAUCCCGAGCGGGGAAUGGAACGAAAAGUGGGGUUCGAGGGGGACAUGAGUUUGAUGAGAUGCGUUUUUAAUUUUUUGGGGUGUGAAUUUAUGACCUACUAUUGCUUCUGCGCUCUUCUUUCGUACUAAUAGCUAGCGGGAGCCUUUUGGGACAAGAGGGGUUUUUUUGGCUGUGAGGAUAGGAUCGAGGUUCCUUUUGUUUAUACCCUGGGUUUUUUUUCUUUUCUAUGCUGGGUUACGAUGUAUAUAAACCAGCCCAUGGCAAUCGGGCUGAAGGGCUUCGUGAUGGCUUAUUGUGAGGCCGUAAAUUGUGUGGGGCGAAAAUAUAUCGGCGACGUUUUGGAGGAAG